CUUCAUAUCUCCUCCACACACACACACUACCUCUUCAAUCAACUCCAUAUAUAUAUUUAUGGUUCAUUAGUCUAUUAUUCAAGUAUUCAAACAACAACUACACACACCUUAAUUUGGUAUACUUUCAUAACUUGUUCACACAGCAAACUUUGAAGUAUAAGAAAUUAAUUAAUGGCUGCUACUGCUACUGCUACUGCUGGUUCAUUUUCAAUGAAGGGUUCGAAGUUUCGAUCGUUGGGACGAUACAGUUCGAAGCAAGUUCGUCAGCAGAGAGCAAGGUUAUACAUAAUAUGGAGAUGUACUGUUUUACUAUUGUGCUGGAAUGAUUAAAAGUAAGUACAAGAAUGAUGAAUAUUUGUAAUUGCAAUUGUAGGUUCUUCUAUUAUGGGAACUUUAUGUAGUAGUUUUUGUUACUACUUAGUAGGGUAGGUGAAGGAGUAUGUAAUUAAGGAGCUAGAUUAAGCAGGAGUUUCUGAUUAAACUGUAAAUUAUAUGAUAUAGUACUCAACCAUGUAUAGAUAUAAUGAUAAUUCAAGUUGAAUUUCUUCAAUAAUAUAGGCCUUAUGUUU